AUGUUUCCUUCAGUACCACCUCAUUCUCACUUACAAAGCGGAAUGCAAUCAGAUGUGGACCUCCAAGCGAACUUCGUCAAGGUUAUCAAACUCACAGCGGAGGAUCUGGAGAAGCUCGAGGCCCCUGCUGCCAAUGGAAAGGCCAAACGUAUCAACACUCCUCUUUGGGGCUGGGACCUUGGCUUCGACGACUGGUAUGGUCCUAAAAAGUAA